CAGCUCCUGCACAUCAUGAUGGACGGUCGACACGCGGCUGAACACUUCCCUGGAUCCUGCUGAGAUCAUAGGGGAUGAGUCCAGUGAUCAGUGGCUCAUCUGAUCCUCACAGAGCUCUUCAUGAGACAUGGUACUGACUGAUAAAACCUCCAGACCCCUUGCUGCCAAGAGGGUCCCCAAGCAGCGCACCCUGCCCCACCAGAGCCUGCCCUCCCCGGCCCUGUGCUGCGCCUGCGGCCUGUGCAUCAUGCUGGCCGGCAUCAACAUCACCCUGGUGGGGGCGUUCGCCUUUGGCACCUUCAUCCCCACCGGCAACCCCCCCAUCGUCAUCGGGCCCCUUCUCCUGCUGGUAGCCCUGGGUUUCUUUGCGGCCUGCUGUGUGGUCAGCAGGAGGCCCCCUAGCCACGUGGCCCGCAAGGCCCCCGGGGGCGAGAAGUGGGGGCUGAUGCGGAUGGGGACGGCGGCGUUUGAGAUGGAGACGAGCGAGCACACACUGCAGGACACCACGGCCGUGCAGCUCAGCCCCACCAACUCCCCCAGCUCCUCACACAGAUCCGGCUCCAGCUCCAGCCAGGGGGGCCAAGCCGCCGCCUCUCCACCUGCCUGUCAGGAUGGAGCCAGGGAGAUGUGUGGCCCUGGAGACAAACCCUCCGUGACCUCUGACAGCAGCGCUCCCACACAGAUGCUCACAGCACUUCCUCUUCGGAGCCUGGACUGUUCACAGGAUGGAAGUGUCUGAAGUCAUUAACAGGACUGAUUGGCCGUUCCGUACAAAAGCCGACAGACCAAAUAUCUCCAUGACCUGCAGACUCUCAGGCUGCAGUCUGUAAUGUGUUGUGCAAAAAGCAUGUGUGAUGGUAACUUCUUCAGUGUCGCCCCCUCAGCCCCAUAAUGUUUAUUCAUUUUCCAGAAACAGGAGCAAGAGAGAUGAUGACACCUUAAUCCAAGUGCCUGUUUGUGUAUUUCUUGUGGUACAAUGCAUGGGAUGAAGGCAGAUUAUCCUGUGUUCAUGUGGCGUGGAUCAAUUUGUCACCGUACAGAGAGAAGAUGAGUGCGUCUGGUCGAGCAGCUUCUCUGAGUCAUCGUGCGAGCGCAGUAAAAAGUGUUUUUAAAGUUUACUUGAGUAGAGUGAGUGUGUAACGUUGAGUGUGUUAAGAUGGAGGUUCAGGAACAAAUCAGUGUUUUCAGUGAAUUUGUCAUGUUGUCUUGCCAUGAUUA